UAACCUAACAGAUUUCUCAUGAUGCAACGUAACUCAUUCAAUACAUCGAGCCUUCUUGUUCACACACUUACAACACGUUACUUCAUAUACAUAUAUAAGGACUAAAUUCACAUUUCAUUCUACAUCAAAACUUAGAAUAAAACAUACAACUUUGAUCAUGCAAAGAGUGUUUUAAUUUCCAAGUGUAAGCACAUCAAUUUUCUCACUUUACGCUCUUUUUUACUCUUAAAUGUCUCGCCUUGUAGCAGAAGACGAUCAUGCGUCGCCGUUUCAUUCCAUGGAGAUCAUUAGCUCAUCUUUGACUUUAGGUCAACUUCUCAAGAACGUUAGCGACGUUCGCAAAGUACAAGUCGGCGACGAGACUCCUGCUCAUGAGUUCUUUGACCGAGACGGUUCAUCAUCACUCGACGGAGAUGACGAUCAUCAUCACAUGCGUCCUGUCCCCUUCGUUCUAUCUUUCAACAACCUCACUUACAACGUCUCUGUUCGCCGGAAGCUUGAGUUUCACGACUUGGUUCCAUGGAGGAAGUCAUCUUUCUCCAAGACCAAGACUCUUCUAGACAAUAUCUCCGGCGAGACUCGUGACGGAGAGAUUCUUGCCGUUCUUGGAGCAAGCGGUUCAGGUAAAUCCACUCUGAUCGACGCUUUAGCGAAUCGGAUCGCUAAAGGAAGCUUGAAAGGCAUGGUAACGCUUAACGGAGAAGCUCUUCAAUCUCGGAUGCUCAAAGUUAUCUCAGCUUACGUAAUGCAAGAUGAUCUUCUCUUCCCGAUGCUUACUGUAGAAGAAACACUAAUGUUCGCAGCUGAGUUUCGAUUACCAAGAAGCUUACCUAAAUCCAAGAAGAAGCUCCGAGUUCAAGCCCUAAUCGACCAGCUAGGGAUAAGAAACGCUGCUACAACAAUCAUCGGAGACGAAGGACACCGUGGAAUCUCCGGUGGUGAGAGACGGCGAGUUUCGAUCGGAAUCGAUAUCAUCCACGAUCCGAUUGUUCUCUUCCUCGACGAGCCUACUUCAGGUUUAGAUUCCACAAGUGCGUUCAUGGUGGUCAAAGUCUUGAAGAGGAUCGCAGAGAGUGGCAGUAUCGUGAUCAUGUCGAUUCAUCAGCCAAGUCACAGAGUUCUCAGUUUGCUUGAUCGUCUCAUCUUCUUGUCACGUGGUCACACCGUCUUCAGUGGUUCUCCGGCGAGUUUGCGGAGUUUUUUCGCCGGAUUUGGUAAUCCCAUACCGGAAAACGAGAAUCAAACAGAGUUCACGCUCGAUCUCAUCAGAGAACUCGAAGGAUCAGCUGGAGGAACACGAGCAUUAGUUGAAUUCAACAAGAAAUGGCAAGAGAUGAAGAGACAGAGCAAUCCCCAAACCCUAACUUCGCCGGCUUCUCCAAACCCAAACCUAACCCUAAAAGAAGCGAUCUCCGCCAGCAUAAGCAGAGGGAAACUAGUCUCCGGCGGCGGAGCUGGCUCAUCCGCCGUAAACCACGGUGGCGGAACCCUAGCCGUCCCUGCCUUUGCGAAUCCGUUCUGGAUCGAGAUCAAAACUCUCACACAACGCUCAAUCCUCAAUUCCAGAAGACAGCCGGAGCUAAUCGGAAUGCGAUUAGCCACCGUAACAGUCACCGGAUUCAUCUUAGCCACCGUGUUCUGGCGACUAGACAACUCACCAAAAGGAGUACAAGAGCGGCUAGGGUUCUUCGCGUUCGCGAUGUCAACAAUGUUCUACACUUGCGCUGAUGCUCUUCCCGUGUUCCUCCAGGAACGUUACAUCUUCAUGAGAGAAACAGCUUACAACGCUUACCGGAGAUCCUCCUACGUCCUCUCUCACGCCAUUGUUACCUUCCCUUCGCUCAUCUUCCUCUCUGUAGCUUUCGCAGCGACGACGUUUUGGGCUGUUGGGCUUGAAGGAGGUCUAAUGGGUUUUUUGUUCUAUUGCUUAAUCAUCUUGGCCUCUUUCUGGUCCGGAAGCUCCUUCGUGACUUUCUUAUCCGGCGUCGUUCCGCAUGUGAUGUUAGGCUACACGAUUGUUGUUGCCAUUUUGGCUUACUUCUUGCUGUUCAGUGGCUUCUUCAUCAAUAGAGAUCGUAUCCCUCAGUAUUGGAUCUGGUUUCAUUAUCUUUCUCUGGUGAAGUAUCCGUACGAAGCGGUUCUUCAGAACGAGUUCUCGGAUCCUACAGAGUGCUUUGUGAGAGGUGUUCAGAUUUUUGAUAACACGCCUUUGGGAGAGUUGGCGUAUGGGAAGAAGCUGAAGCUUUUGGAUUCUGUGAGCAGAUCGAUCGGGAUGAGGAUAUCGAGCUCAACGUGUUUAACUACGGGUGCUGAUAUUCUGAAGCAGCAAGGAGUGACGCAGCUUAGUAAAUGGAAUUGCUUGCUUAUCACGGUAGGUUUCGGAUUCCUUUUUAGGGUUUUGUUUUACUUGUGUUUGUUGCUUGGGAGCAAGAACAAGAGAAGGUGAGAGUGUGAAACAGCUUAUGUUACUUAAAAAAACCAAAAACAUAUAUUGUAUUUUUACUAAUUUUUUACUUUCCAUUACUGAAUUCGUUGAUUGAUUGUGUAUUUGAAUUGUAUUACUUUUGACAUCAAUAAUAAAUAUCAGUCUCUUUA